CUCUAGCCCACAGCAAGCAAGUUGGUUUUUCAUUCUAUGCGUCAAGCCCAAUGCACGCGAGCGCUUGUCCGUACGUCCAUUUGUUGUUCGUCUGCCUUCAGCAGCAAUCGUUCAUCAGUUGUGGCCGCUGUGGCUUCUGCGACUAGCGCUGUGCUGCCACCUGUGGGCACCAUGCUGGCUGUGGACUCUGGCCUGGUGUGGGCCCCUGAUGAGCAGGAGGGCUUCAAGCUGGGACGGAUCGUCGACAUUGGCGGCGAAACAGUCACAGUCCUUCUUAAUGGUGGCACUCAGCUUAUUACAGCACCAUAUAGAAGUGUCCAUGCUGCUGAAGAGGACCCAAAUAAGGAUGUUGAUGACAACUGUGCCCUGAUCUACUUGAAUGAGGCCACCCUGUUCAACAACAUCAAAGUUCGUUACAACAAAGAUAAAAUUUAUACGUAUGUGGCCAACAUCCUGAUUGCCGUGAACCCAUACUUUGAGAUGCCCCAGUUGUACUCGUCAGAGACAAUUGGGAAGUAUCAAGGAAAGUCCCUCGGUGUGCUGCCUCCCCAUGUGUUUGCUAUUGCGGACAAAGCCUUCCGAGACAUGAAGGUGCUCAAGCAAAGCCAGUCCAUCAUUGUGAGCGGAGAGUCCGGAGCCGGGAAGACCGAGUCAACCAAGUACAUUUUGCGCUACCUCUGUGAAUCGUGGGGGAGUCACGCAGGACCUAUUGAGCAGCGAAUCCUCGAAGCGAACCCUGUGCUUGAAGCAUUUGGAAAUGCUAAGACGAUGAGGAACAACAACAGCAGUCGCUUUGGGAAAUUUAUUGAGAUCCAUUUCAACAACAAAUGCAGUGUAGUGGGUGGCUUCAUCUCACACUACCUGCUGGAGAAGUCUCGCAUCUGUGGCCAGAAUAAAGGUGAACGAAACUACCACAUCUUCUACCAACUUUGCGCUGGUGCACCCAACGAGCUCAGGCAGCAACUCCGAAUCACCAGCCCGGAUGACUUCCAUUACUUACGCCAUGGAUGCACCCAAUACUUUUGCUCUUCGGAGUCUGAGAGGCUGCUGAAAAACAACUCCCGAUCCAAGGAGCACCAAAGCAAAGGACCACUGCGCGACCCAGUUAUUGAUGAUGCCAAGGACUUCUCAAACCUUGAUCGGGCCCUCCAACUUAUGGGUCUGACUGACGAAGAGCGACUCAGCAUCUAUGUGGCAGUGGCAGCCGUGCUGCACCUGGGCAAUGUGACCUUUGAGGAGAGCCCCGACGACAGCCGGGGGGGUAGCCAGGUCACAGCAGAGUCAGAGCAGUCGCUGCGGGUUGCUGCAGCACUGAUGGGCGUCGACCCGGACGAGCUGCGCCAGAGUUUGCUGAGUCGUGUCAUGCAGACCAGCAAAGGCGGCCUCAAAGGCACCGUCUACAUGGUGCCCCUGAAGGCCUACGAAGCAAACAAUGCACGUGAUGCCUUGGCCAAGGCUGUCUACUCUAAGCUGUUUGACUUCAUUGUACAGCGCAUAAACCAGAGCAUUCCAUUCAGUUCAUCGUCCCACUACAUUGGUGUGCUUGACAUUGCUGGAUUCGAGUACUUCCAGGUGAACAGCUUUGAACAGUUUUGUAUCAACUACUGUAAUGAGAAGCUGCAGCAGUUCUUCAAUGAAAGGAUUCUCAAAGAGGAGCAAGCGUUGUAUGAAAGAGAAGGCCUCUCUGUGAAAAAGAUAGAGUAUGUGGACAACCAAGACUGCAUUGACCUGCUGGAGGGAAAGGGCACGGGGAUCUUUGACCUGCUCGACGAGGAGAGCAAGCUUCCUCGUUCGAGCCACACCCACUUCACCUCUGUGCUGCACAGCACACACCCCAGGCACUUCCGCCUGGCUGUGCCCCGAAAGUCGAAGCUCAGGGACCACCGAGAGAUCACCGACGACGAAGGAUUCCUCGUCAGGCACUUUGCUGGAGCUGUCUGUUACGAAACGGCCAAGUUCGUGGAGAAAAACAACGACGCACUACAUGCAUCCCUGGAAGGGCUGGUGCAGGAGACCAAGAACGCCUUCCUGCGGGGCCUGUUUGACGUUGGCGACAGCAGGCACUCACUGUCCAAGGGCAAGCUGAGCUUCAUCAGCGUGGGCAGCAAGUUCCGCAGCCAGCUGCAAGCACUCAUGCACAAGCUGCAGCAGACGGGCACCCAUUUUGUGCGCUGCAUCAAGCCCAACCUGCGCAUGGUGGACCACUGUUUUGAGGGCGGCCAGAUUCUCUCGCAGAUCAAGUGUUCAGGCAUGACUUCUGUCCUUGAGCUGAUGCAGCAGGGCUACCCAUCCAGGGCACCUUUUUCUGACCUCUACAACAUGUACAAGCAGUACCUGCCUCCUGAGCUUGCUCGACUUGACCCCCGGCUUUUUUGCAAGGCCUUGUUCAAAGCCUUGGGUCUAAAUGAGAAGGACUUCAAGUUUGGCCUGACGAAAGUGUUCUUCCGACCUGGGAAAUUUGCCGAAUUUGACCAAAUUAUGAAGUCUGACCCAGAGAACCUCGCCCAGCUCGUCCGCAAAGUGCAGAAAUGGCUGCUUGCUUCACGGUGGAAGAAGGCCCAGUGGUGUGCGCUGGCUGUCAUCAAACUGAAGAAUAAGAUCAUCUUUCGACGUGAGAACCUUGUGGUGAUUCAGAAGACGGUGAAGAUGCAUUUGGUUAAACGAAAGUACCGGCCAAGGUACCGGUGCAUGAUGAAGCUUAGAGCCCUCUUCCAGCAGGUGCUGCAGAUGUCAAGCCUUGCAGCUCAGCUCAAGAAAGAUGGUCAGCAAAGCAGAGCAGAGAUCCAAGCCUUGGAAGCCAAGAUCAGUGGCACCAUGAAACGGAUCAAGGAUGGCUACCUAUACACGGAGGACAUGGAGAAGGAGCAGAAUGCAUUGAUCACUGCAGCUACGCAGCUGAUGAAUGCACUGAACCAGCGCAUCCAGCUGCAGAAGGUGGCCGAAGAACAAGAGCACAUGCGCCGUGUGCAGCAGGAAAUGGAGCAUGCACGCAAACGCAGGGAGGAAGAGGAACGACUGAAAAGGGAGGAAGAGGAGAACAGGCAGAGAAAAAUUCAGAUGGAAGCUGCCCGCAAGGCUGAGGAGAAGUCAAAGCAGCUAGAAGAUGCCAAAGUAGCGCAAGCAUUGCAAGAGAAGCUCUUUCUGGAACAGAAGGAAGACCACAUUAGGAAUCAACAAAUUGAGCAAGAGUCACGGGACCAUGAGCUUGCCCUUCGGCUUGCGCAGGAGAACAACAGUAUAGUUGAAGAUAUGGGAACUCCAGUGUUGCCAGUCAGGUACGCAUCACUAGCAAGCUUUCUCUUUGCACCCGGCUCUUGUCUUAUACCUGUCACUUUGGUUGGCAGGUCACAGGUGAGGGCCAAAUCAGAGGGCAAGUUUGACUUGUCAAAGUGGAAGUAUUCUGAGCUGAGGGAUGUUAUCAACACAUCCUGUGAUCUGGAGCUCCUGGCAGCAUGUCGUGAAGAGUUCCACAGGAGGCUUAAAGUGUACCAUGCCUGGAAGAGCAAAAAUGCAAAGAAGGGUGGUGGCGAGACCUUACAGAGCCGAGUUCCCGUUUCACUACAGAAUGGAGGUGCACACUCCAUCUCUCCAGGACCCCGUGGGGAUGUUUCCAGUGAGGAGAAUCGUCAGCGCUACUUCCGCAUUCCGUUCCGUAAAGACGGAAGCAGUAGUGGCCUCUGGUUUGCUCACUUUGAUGGGCAAUACAUUGCUCGGCAGAUGGAGCUGCACCCUGGCCGGCCCCCUGUUCUGCUGAUAGCAGGGCGUGACGACAUGCAAAUGUGCGAGCUCAAGCUUGAAGAGACUGGCCUGGCUCGUAAGCGAGGGGCCGAGAUUCUGGAGCACGAGUUUGAUGCUGAGUGGGCAAAGUAUGGCGGGCCAGUGUACAUUCCACUGUCCACACGGCAGAAGUAGAGGCCACAAGGACAAGCUUGGUGGCAGCUUUGUUGGUGGGGGGCUGUAGUUUGAGAGAACAUGUAUUUGUAUGUAGCAGUAGAUCAAAGAUGUUAUUUAUAUUCCUAAAGGUUUUUUUUUUUUUUUUUGAUCUCAUGCCCUCUGUGCUGACUUUCCCUGGUAGAACAGCAUUGCUUGGCUAGUUUGGGAACAGCUAGUGGGAGAUUCUUGCAGGACUACAGAAAGAAUAACCACACCAUGGAGAGUGUUGAGCCAUAAUGUUUAGUACAGCCUUCCAACAUUGUGGGCAGUUUUGUUUUUAUUAUUGGAAAAAGAAAAGCAGUGCUCUACUACCUGUAAACGUGUAUUUUCAUACCUCUAUGAUAAGUGUUCUUUCUUUUCUUCUUCUGAGCCUAUAUGAGUGCAUAACCUUUCUUUUCUUGUGUGGGUUGUUUUUAUUCACUAGAUACACAAUAAUUGUUGACUAGACACAAUUUACAGGGUAGCCUUACCUUUCUAGAACUGCGGAGGCUUUUUCCUUCGUUAGGAACACUGCCUUUUCUUGGUUUUGCUAGUAGCUUACUUUACACCUAACUAACACCAUGAAUGUGCUCCUUUAACCUCGGUGCUUUAAAAAGUUGUUAAUUCGUAUGCUCAAAUUUAAGCUUGGCAGUUAGUUGCAACAAGUUUGUGAGAUUCUGAAUCUCUGCGCUGUGCCCUCUCAUUUCCUAGAGCAAUUUAUUUUUGUAGGUCGUCUUUUGUAGGGAAAUGUAUGCACUUUUGUGCACAUGCUCUUGUUAUACUCAGUUGUGGUGGUGGUCCCCUUUGUUUCCCCACAUUUAUUGUUCUGAGUGAUUACUUAAUGCUUCAAUACUGUCUGCCGUUGCUGCUGCCUGUAUACCUCGUGUACUGAUGAAUCUCUUGUCCCAUAAGACCUGCCAUCACCGAGUGGAAGAGAUGUACAAAGUAUGUGCUUCCUCAGUCAACAUGAAUGCGCUUCGAGCAUGGCCAAAAUAAAGAACUGUGAGAUGGCA